AUGAUCCAGUUGAAAACAAAGUCGUGCGAAAAUCGCGUGAAAAAAUUUGUGUUUCUAACAGUUCACUUGAACGGAACUUUUGUGACUGACGGAAAGAAGCAACCGAUGUUGAGAUAUUCAGCAAAAGACUUUAAGGCUCUUCCCUGUCGUAGGCUUUUGAGCACAUUGAACUCAAGCGCUACUACAGAAACUCGUAAUGAAUCACAUUUAUCCCAGCAAAAACAAUUGAGAGAAAAGGCAUUGUCAGAGGCAUUGGCCAGAGAGGAAGAAGCCAUUGCCAAAGAGAAGGCUUUGAGGGAAUUGAAGAUGCACACGAAAGCAUCCAUCAAUACAUUGAACAGCAUCCCGACAACGCUUAUUCAAGAAAGAUUACAAGAAUUGCAAUCUCAGUUGAAUUCGCUUGACCAGUCGAAGGUUCAAUCAUUGAAUUCCGAAAUGGAGCAAUUUCUAUUACACAAUAUGAAGCUCCCACGGUCGGAAACAAAACUCAAUCCAUCCGUUGAACAUUCCAAUCUUAUUCAGGAUUCAGAAGUGCAAGAUGCUGGCGAUCCUAUGUCUCAAGUUAUAAAAACCACCGCAACUAGCGCCUAUGUCAGCGAGUAUCCGAAUUUGAAGCCAACUCCUGAUUAUAAACCAUACUCUUCUCAAGAGUUAUUCUUAAGGCAACUUUCGCACAUGAGAAAGUCUGGAAAACUUGGUUCUACGGUGACUGGAGUGUAUAACCCAAGCAACGACGUUCAGCACCCUCGUACAGUUGAUGAAAUUUCUAUCGCAACAUUAAUGGCUGCUGGUUGCCAUUUGGGGCAUUCGAAAGCCAUGUGGAGACCUUCAACCCAGCCUUUCAUUUGUGGUGAAUACCUGGGAAUUCACCUCAUUGACUUAAAUGAAACCCUAUCCUCUCUUAAGAGAGCUUCCAAAGUCAUAGAAGCUGUCGCUAGCAAAGGUGGUAUCAUAUUGUACGUUGGAACAUCAAGAACUUGGGAACAAUACCGGUCAUUGGAAGAAGCAGCAAGAAGAAGUAAAGGAUAUUAUGUCUCUCAUAGGUGGAUUCCAGGAACGAUAACUAACUUUACGGAGGUUUCUAAGCAAAUCGGUGGCUCUCAAGAAAUUGAGUUGGACCUUGGUGAUGAACCAACGAGACGAGUUAUCGAGUCCGAACUGAAACUGUUGAUUAAGCCUGACCUUGUCGUCAUAUUAAAUCCGGUGGAGAACAGAAACUGCAUUAACGAAUGUAUCAAUCUGAGAAUUCCUACUAUUGGCUUAUGUGAUACUAAUAUGGAGCCAUCAUUGUUGACGUAUCCAAUUCCAUGUAAUGAUGACUCCACGCGUGCUUCUUCUUUGGUUUUGGGUGUAUUGUCAGAAGCAGCCCAGAAGGGUGUUCAUUCGAGAUACCAAACGUUCCUGAGAUAUAAAUCAAAGAGUGCUUCAGCUUAG